AGCGUGUGUUGUCAAAGGUGAACCGUGUCGGUGUGCAUAGAGGUGGAAUACAUUAUUUACCUUUUGCACUUUGGCCGACGACGAUCGCCGUUUCCCGUCGUUUCGCACUUUUUGUGGAUCAAUUUGAGCAGCAACGAUUUUAAGCAUUUUGGUACGCGUUCGUUACGUAAGCGCACUGGAACGAUGGCUGCCAAGGAACCGUCCCCGAUCGUGAAAUCGUACCUAAUUCUUUACAACGCUGCCCAAGUGCUUGGCUGGUGUUAUAUGCUAUAUCAGCUGAUAGCUUACUACACCAUCGACAAAGGCACGGAACAAACGCUCUGGGAGUGUCUCGGAUUUACCGUCAUUCUGUUCCAGAAUGCAGCACUACUUGAAAUUGUUCACGCUUUUACGCGUAUCGUGCCCAGCAAUCCCGUCAUCACCACGUUCCAGGUGCUGUCCCGCGUAAUGGUUGUGUGUGGCGUUGUGAUGGCAACGCCCACGGGGAAAGUUUCGCCCGGCCUUCCGCUAGCCAUCCUGGCCUGGUCGGUGACGGAGAUCAUCCGAUACGCGUACUACGCACUGAAUCUGAUCGAUGCCGUGCCGGGGCUGCUUAUCUUUCUGCGCUACACCACCUUCAUCGUGCUCUACCCAAGCGGAGUGACCGGUGAGCUGCUGUGCUUUUUCUGGGCCCAGUCGCACGUCGCGAAAACGAAACAGUGGAGCAUCGAAAUGCCCAACACGUACAACUUUACCUUCUCGUACCUGUACUUCCUGUGGGCAGUGAUGCUGCUCUACAUCCCACUGUUCCCUCAGCUGUACAUGCACAUGUUCGCCCAGCGCAAGAAGAUCCUCGGAUCGGGAUCGUCCGGUGCCGGCAAGCAGAAGAAAAAUUGACUAGAGGCAUUCGGCUUUCCGGCUUAAAGACGCCCACCAGUACAAACUGGUCGGAUCGACAAGCCAGCCUUGUUGGCAUCGCACGACGGCUAUUAAAUUAUGUUCCCCUUUUUCCCACUUCACCAUUGGGUUAGGCUUCCAUUCUAUUAUUUCUUUUGUUUCGCGCGGCAGGGAAUUCCACCAUAGACUGAUAAGUUAACGAUAGAUUUGGUGCAAAACGAAACUGUUAUUCGUUGAUUACUUUAAGCUUUAGUUUUUUUUAUUCUUUCAUUCCAUUUCCUGGUGAUUGUAAGGAACCGUAAGCACGUGUGCAAUUUUGGGCGUGGGUCGUUGAACGAACAAUAAAAAAUCGUACUAACUUAAA